CACCCGCCUCCUUCUCCUGCUGCUGCUGCCGCCGCUGCUGCUUGAUUGAGGGACCGACUCGUCGCGCGGCCGGAGGGACCCCCGCCAGCCUUAUUUUUUUCCCUCCUUCCCUCUCCGUCGCUUCGCUGCCGCCGUUUCCAUCCUCCUCUUCGUCCCUCCCCUCCCCUCUCCCCGCCGCCAUCUUCCUCUGCCUUUCUUCGGCGCCCGUCGUCAGGUUUCAUCUCUCGUUAAAAUGUCUAAUGGUUAUGAAGACCACAUGGCUGACGACUGCAGGGACGAUAUCGGCAGGACAAAUUUAAUCGUGAACUACCUUCCUCAGAACAUGACCCAGGACGAGUUACGGAGUCUCUUUAGCAGCAUAGGGGAGGUGGAGUCCGCCAAGCUGAUUCGCGACAAAGUGGCAGGACACAGCUUGGGUUAUGGUUUUGUGAAUUACGUGACCGCGAAAGACGCUGAAAGAGCAAUAAACACGCUGAAUGGCCUGAGACUCCAGUCCAAAACUAUCAAGGUGUCGUACGCUCGCCCAAGCUCUGAAGUGAUUAAAGAUGCAAACUUAUACAUAAGUGGGCUGCCACGGACAAUGACGCAGAAGGACGUCGAAGACAUGUUUUCACGGUUCGGACGCAUCAUCAACUCGCGCGUGCUGGUUGAUCAGACUACAGGCUUAUCCCGUGGGGUUGCUUUCAUCCGGUUUGACAAGAGAUCAGAAGCUGAGGAAGCGAUUUCAAACUUCAACGGCCACAAGCCGCCGGGCUCCUCCGAACCCAUCACGGUGAAGUUCGCAGCCAACCCAAACCAGAACAAAAACGUGGCCCUCCUGUCCCAGCUCUACCACUCCCCAGCUAGACGGUUUGGGGGGCCUGUCCAUCACCAGGCCCAAAGAUUCAGGUUCUCUCCCAUGGGUGUAGAUCACAUGAGUGGGCUUUCUGGUGUAAAUGUCCCAGGAAACUCCUCUUCGGGCUGGUGUAUCUUCAUCUACAACCUCGGCCAAGAUGCCGAUGAGGGAAUCCUCUGGCAGAUGUUUGGCCCCUUUGGCGCGGUGACUAAUGUGAAAGUCAUCCGUGACUUCAACACCAACAAGUGUAAAGGCUUUGGCUUUGUGACAAUGACAAACUAUGAAGACGCCGCCAUGGCCAUAGCGAGUCUUAACGGCUACCGGCUGGGGGACAAAAUCUUGCAGGUUUCCUUCAAAACCAACAAGUCCCACAAAUAACUUCGCUCGUGGCUUUUUUUUUUCUUUUUUUUUUUUUUUUUUUUUGUAUGGAAUAGAUAAUUGAGUGACAAAAAAAGUGAGCUCUCUCUUUUUUUUUUUUUUUGGUUAGUGUACAACUCAUUUCCUUUUUCUUUUUGGCGCCAAUUUUCACGAAGUUGUUCGUCUUUAGUCUAUAAAC